AUGUGCAAUGGUUAUGGGAAGUUAUGGCAACCUAACCCACGAAGUGUUAUCUGCAGUUCUCAUUUUGUUGGUGGUACAAGUUCUAGAAAUCCACCGAGUCCUAGUUAUGUUCCAACAAUUUUUCCUAAUGUAUAUAAAAGAAAAAUUUGUGAUCCAGAACAAACCAACACAAGGUUUAAGCGUUUAAUUAAUCGCCAAAAGUUAACUGGAACUGUGCCUGAGUUGAGCCAAGAUUUAGUAGAUGAAGAAAAUAAUAAAAUAAUAAGUAUAAGUAAAAGUACUCAGGUUUCGUUUAAUGAAGUUCCUAUAGGUGAUGAGAACUUUGUAAUAAUGAAUUGUAAUUUCAAUGGUAAUGAUGUAGGGGUACAAACAACAAUAUCCAUUCAUAAAAAAAAUCUAAUUAAACCAACUCUAGUUGAUAAAAAUUGUGGCCCGGAUUCUUUCAAUUCAUAUUUUUACAUAUCUUCUAGAUCUUUUUAUGGUUUUGAAUCAAUUGAAAAUGAAGACCAAAUUAAAGAUUUAACAGGUACUUCAUUUAAUACAUUUAAUGUCUUACUCAGUUUUUUACCUACAGCAACAACAAAAAGUGUUCUCAAUGAAAAAAAUAGUCUAUUAUUGUUUUUAAUAAAAAUUAAGCUAGGGAUUACUUUUUCUGCUUUAAGUGUAUUCUUUAAAGUUAACCGAAGAACAGUGUCUAGAAUAUUUUUUACAAUUUUACACAUAUUAAGUAUUAAAAGUAAACAUUUUAUAUUUUGGCCAGAUAAAUAUUCAAUUACACAAACUUUACCAGAGUCCUUCAAAAAAAAUUUUCCUAAUUGUCGUGCCAUUAUUGACUGUACUGAGUUUAAAGUCGAACAACCAAAUACAGUAGAGCAAAGAGUGUAUUUAUAUUCAAGAUAUAAAAGUUGUUUCACUAUCAAAGUUUUAGUUGCUGUCACUCCUAAUGGAAUGGUUAGUUUUCUUUCACAAUCUUAUGGAGGUAGAGCUAGUGAUUCUUACAUUACAAACGAUAGUGGUUUUUUGAAUUUGUUAGAAAAAGGUGAUGGAGUGUUAGCAGAUAGAGGUUUUCCAGGAAUUAAUACACAGUGUGAGAAUAAUAAUGCUAUUAUAAUUAUGCCACCAAUUUUUCACAAUGGACGUUUUACUGAAGAUGAAGUUCUUAAAACAUACAGUGUUGCAAGUGUGAGGAUUCAUAUUGAAAGGAUAUUCGCUAGACUUAAAACAUAUGCAGUUUUAAAUAAAAUUAAAAUAAACAUUUUACCUCAUAUUGAUGAUAUUAUACAUAUUUGUUGUGUUCUCACAAAUUUACAGUUACCUAUUAUAAAACAAUAA